UUUGUACGGCUCGUCACUAGACACGCCUUCUGGAUAAAUAAUAGAGGUUCAGCCUGUGUGUGGUAUAGAGCGGGUGUCGCAGUGGUCGGGAAGGUCUAUCUGUCAGCAUGGGUUCCAGAGCGUCCACAUUACUGAGGGAUGAGGAGCUGGAAGAGAUCAAGAAGGAGACUGGCUUCUCUCACAGCCAAAUAACACGUCUAUACAGCCGGUUCACCAGCCUCGAUAAGGGCGAAAAUGGAACCUUAAGCCGUGAAGACUUUCAGCGAAUACCAGAACUAGCGAUAAACCCCUUGGGUGACCGAAUUAUUAAUGCAUUUUUCUCUGAAGGAGAGGACCAAGUUAAUUUUCGAGGUUUUAUGAGGACGCUGGCCCACUUCAGGCCAAUUGAAGAUAAUGAGAAAUCCAAAGAUCUGAACAAUCCAGAACCUCUGAACAGCAGAAGCAACAAACUCUUGUUUGCUUUCAGAUUAUAUGACCUUGACAAAGAUGACAAAAUCUCACGGGAUGAGCUUUUACAGGUCAUGCGAAUGAUGGUUGGUGUGAACAUUUCUGGACAGCUGGGAAGUAUUGCUGAUCGUACAAUUCAAGAGGCAGAUCAAGAUGAGAGACUGUGCCAUUUCUUUUUCAGAGUUUGUAAAGGUUCUAGAGAAGUAGAUGAGAGCAGAAAAUGAGCAUCAGGUUCCUUCACUGACAACUUGAAUUGCAACUCUAGAAAAUUCAUCAUGAACCAUAGAAAAGUGUGUGCUUUACAUCUCAAAGUGCCCUUCAGAAGACACUGACCCAACAAAGAAUAUAUGUAUCACACUACUGCCGACACUUGUAGAUACUUUAUAUUUUAUGUUUCCAGCCUGAUCGCUUGUUCCUGUUGGAUAC